CCAGUGCCAGUGGUCGCUUUGUCCAAGGUCAGCGUUGGGGGGCCUCUCAGGGGAGCCAGGAAGCAGCAGGGGCGUUUUCCCAGGACCAUGGGCAGAGGAGGCGUGACGGUGUCCUUCACGGGGAGCCUGGCGGCCACUGCACAACACAAGUCAAACCCAGUCCCGAGCCAGCCUGCCUGGGUUCAGAGCCCAGCUUGGCUCCUUGACCACAGCGUGACCUCACCUUUGUCCCUCAGGCUGUUCAUCUGGAAAAUGGGAAUAACAGCAGUGCCAGCCUCCCUCGCAAGAGUGCCGUGAGGAUCAAAGUAGAAGACACAGACGUACCAGACAUACUGCACUUAGAACAGUGCCCAGUCGCCUUAGCAAGCGUCACAAAGCUGGAAGGCAGAAAAUAAAUGGCUGGCUCAAGGAAGGUCCAAUUUGCAGGAGGGAAAAAGGGAAGAAGGACCAAAGUGUAUUGAAUAGGAAGACUUCAGAGAGGAGCUGAUGCCAGAACAGGGUUUUGAAGAAUGAAAAAGAGUUUGCCAGUAAGUCCGAAGGUGAAGUCUAGGCAACCUGCUGGGAAGGGAGGGGAUUUACUUGAGGUCAGUCCUUCGUUUGUUCACUCCUUUAUUCAGCAAGGCUUCCCCGAGCUGUCUCCUGCGGGGCCGUGGGGUACAGGAGCAGCCGACCCAGCCGAGUGGACCAGGCAGGUCUGGGUGUGGAUGGGGCUGAUUGAUGCAGGGCGAUCAGGACUGCGGUGGGGCUGCCCAUGGUGGGAGGGAUCCGCACCACCCGCUCCCAGCUACUCUCUGGUCUCAAGCACUGUGCCGGCCCCUCAGCCCACCCCAUGUGUCACCCAGGCCAGCAAGCAUCCCGCCUGCAAGGAGGGGAGCAGGCAGACAGUGGCCGAGCCAGGGGUCUGCUCGGGGCCGGAGCCCUGCCCCCGCCCAGCCUGGUGGUGGUGGCGUUUGUACCGUGACCCCGGCAUGGCAGCGGCCGAGGUGCCCGGCUACCUCAUGUCCUCGCAGACGGAGAAGCACCGGCGGGCCCGCAACUGGACUGACGCGGAGAUGCGCGGCCUCAUGCUCGUCUGGGAGGAGUUCUUCGACGAGCUGAAGCAGACCAAGCGCAACGCCAAGGUCUACGAGAAGAUGGCCAGCAAGCUGCUGGAGAUGACCGGCGAGCGCCGGCUGGGCGAGGAGAUCAAGAUCAAGAUCACCAACAUGACCUUCCAGUACAGGAAAUUAAAAUGCAUGACAGAUAGCGAGUCCGUCCCGCCCGACUGGCCCUAUUACCUAGCCAUUGAUAGGAUUCUGGCCAAGGUCCCCGAGUCCUGUGAUGGCAAACUGCCGGACGGCCAGCAGCCGGGGCCCUCCACGUCCCAGACCGAGGCGUCCCUGUCGCCGUCUGCUAAGUCCACCCCUCUGUACUUACCGUAUAAGCAGUGCUCCUACGAAGGCCGCUUCCAGGACGAUGGCUCCGCCAGCUCCUCCAGCUUACUGUCCCUUAAGUUCAGGUCGGACGAGCGGCCCGUGAAGAAACGCAAGGGACAGGGCGGCCACUUGCAGAGGAAGAAGCUGCGGCUGCUGGAGACGAUGCUGGAGGAGCAGCGCCGGCUCAGCCGCGCCCUGGAGGAGACGUGCCGCGAGGUGCGCCGCGGGCUGGACCAGCACAGCCUCCUGCAGGCGCAGGGCCUGCAGCUGCAGGAGCGCAUGAUGAGCCUGCUCGAGAAGAUCAUCGCCAAGUCCGGGGUCUAGGCCGCCCACCGGCCCCCCGCCGCCGCCGCCUCGGCCUCCAGCGUUAAAGCCCCCCGGGCACGCGGCCGGCCGGGGCCCCGGGCUCACGGCAGGGCAGCUCCCGGGAAGAGCCUCCCGGAAUCUGCUCUCCAGUAUCGUCACUGUCGACGGUACUCGGAACGGCUUUUGAUGUUAAACGUGUCAUUUUCAUCACUGCCUGGAAGCGGAGGUCACGGUGCAGCCCUGGAGGGAGGCGCAGGCGGUCCCUCCCAAGACGAAGCGGGUGGACGCAGCGCGGGGGCAGGUGUGUCCCCCUCCCUGGGUCUGCUGCGUCGGCCCCGAGAGCCUCGAACACCUGGGCCAACCCCAGAGGCCCGCACCGCCUUCAGCGGCCUUUUCAUCUGUCCCCCCGGGACGUCGGGCGUCCCGACAGCGCUAAUAACAGCGGUGACCCUGCCCGCUGGGGACACCCUGUCCUGUUCCACCGUCUCUGCCCAGGGAUGCGGCGGGGAUGAGACGAGGCCGAGCCUCGGGGAACUGACACUCGGGGGGCAGGCAGGCGAGUGAGUGGAGAAGCCAGGUAACAGCAGGUUGUGAAAGUGCUGGCAGGGCAGGGCCGGGCUGGCCGUGGGCGCACGUAGCCGGCAGCCAUCCAGGGGCUGCCUCCCCGGGAGGGAGAGGGGCUGGGGGUGGGAGCCUCAGCGCUGCGAGAUCUGCCAGCAGGAAAGCCCUUCCAGAGCCCCCCCGCCCCCCAGUUCCUCCUGAGUCUCAUCUGGGCCCAGGUGGCUGAAAGAAGGCACCACAGGAGAGCCGGGGGUUACGUCUUGUUCAGGGCCUCCCUGGGGACGUAGCCUGGGACGCUGCCACUCCGUAGCUCUGAGGACGCUCUUCCAAAAAAGUGGGGAGAAAGAAGCCUCUUGAUAUGUGACUUUUGGUAGGAGAUAUGGCAGUCAGGUCCCAGUGAAAGGUCACAGCUAGUCACAAAGAACAGACGUCUCAGUUAAUGGCUGUAGCGCUUUUCUCUGUAUGGGAAGAACCGGAUUCAUUAAAACUUGCUGAGAUACACGUC